AUGUUCUACGACUUUAACAUUCCUUUCCCAAGCCUUCCCAAUCAAGAAGAUCUCGAACGCUUAGACCGAAUUUUAUCACGGAUACAGAGUAUACAAAAUGCUACAGUUGCUUUUAAUGUAUCAACAUCGGAUCCGUUCACUUCUAAAGCAGUAGAGCCGGUCAAACGCGAUCAGUUUGAACGCGGCGGCGUAACACUUUUGACUCGCGUUACCAUAGAAGCCGAAAACCCAAAGAAGAACUAUCAAAUAGUAUUAAGCAACGCUGCCAAUCAAUCGGUUGAUAUCCUCGCUGUGCGACCAUUAACGUUGGAUGCUACCAAACACGCCUGUCAAAACUACGAUGUGGAUAUCAUUUCCAUCAACUGUGCAUCAAAACGAGUCAUACCAAACCAUGCAGCAGCACAGGUGGCUACUUCGAGAGGCAUCUUUUUUGAGAUUUGCUAUGCUCAGACAUUUCACACCAAGGAACGAGCCUUGUUUUUCACAAACGUCAAGCGACUUGUUGAAGUUACGCGAGGAAAUAAUUUAAUAUUCUCAAGCGAGGCACUGCGUGCCUUGGAUAUUCGUCAACCUUCUGAUCUGCGUAUGCUUGGUUUAUUAUUCGGUUUACGACGUGACCAAGUAGAAGCAGCUGUUGGGCACAACUGUGAACGGCUCUUGUUGAAAGCUGAAACACGAAAGUCAACUGUGAGCGCAGCGAUCCGAGUUGAUAUGAUACCCUCAGCAGAAACAGUAGCACAAACGGAGAAUGACAACAAGCGGAAAAGAGAAGAGGAAAACGUUGGAUCCAAAAAGAAGAAAAAGGGCAAGAAACAAUAA